UUUUCAGUCAUCGCAAUGGCACCUUCCUUAUGGUUGUCAAUGCAGUCUUGCGCAGUUACUGCCCUCUUUUUGUUCUCGCAAGGAAUAUCUGCGUACGUUGGAAGUGCCACCGUCUCGAGCACAAUCCUCAUCAUAGCUCGUGACCAGACGUCUGCCCAAAAUGGAGCUGCUUCCGGCCUACAAGGCUACGGAAUCCCUUAUGAGGUCCUUGCAGUUCCUCAGGAAGGCAUUGCGAACCUGCCAAUCCUCAAUUCUUCCGCAACCCACGGAAACUAUGGUGGGAUAGUAGUUGUCAGUGAAGUGGGGUACAAUUACGGUGAUCAAUUCUACAGUGCUCUCACAAGGAGACAAUGGAACCAGCUUUGGGAUUAUCAAUCACAAUUCGGUGCACGAAUGGUGCGAUUAGAUGUCUUCCCGACCGCCGACUUUGGUGUUGCAAGCAAUGGCGCUGGCAACGUAAGAGAUGAGCCGGUAAUCUUCACUGAUACCAGCGCAUUCUCGACAGCAGGGUUGAAGAUGAACGCCAACAUCAGUAUCGCGAACAUCUUCCAUAACCCAGCGAAGAUUACGAACGCUACGAUUGCUAAAGAGAUUGCCAAAUUCGGCACUGCAGGAACCGCUGCGGUUAUUAACAACCUCGGGUCCCGACAGCAGAUGGUAUGGUUUAUGCCAUUUGCACUUGAUUGGUCGGGCGCUAGCAACUACAUUCAGCAUUCAUGGAUCAAUUGGGUGACAAGAGGCCUUUACGUUGGCUUCAAGAGAAUAUACUUUAGCACGCAAGUCGACGACAUGUUCCUGGAAACUCCUCUGUACAGGCCUCAGGGUCAAUCAUACCGUUGCAAACCAGAUGACUUGUCUAUGCAUGUUGACUGGCAAUUGGAUCUUAACAAAAGGAUGCCGACUGGGUCUGAGUACUUUGUUGAGAUCGGACAUAACGGAAACGGCGAUAUCGAAGCUGCAACUGAUACCACCCAGGGUGCAAGAUCCUGCACUCCUGCUUCUGGCAUUGAGUAUCCAGACCAAGCGGAUGGAAGCCCAGAAUACACAAAGCCGCCAGGGACUGGCACGGAUAUUUGGCCUGCUACCCCCGAGAAAUAUACUUGGAGUCUGGAAUGUGCGGAACUUGAUGAUCUUCAGAAUUGGUUCGCCGAUACUGAUAACCGCGAUUCAUUCGCGCAUAUCUCCCACACCUUUAGUCACGCGGAUCUAACUAAUGCUACUUACAAAGACGCAGCGAAAGAGAUUCAAUUCAACAAAGCUUGGUUGAAGCAAGUCGGUUUCGAAGCUGCGAAGCGAUUCAGUCCUAAAGGAAUUAUCCCCCCGGCUAUCACAGGCCUUCACAACGCCGAUGUUAUCCAGGCAUGGAUGGAGAAUGGCAUUGUAAAUGUUGUUGGUGACAAUACUCGCCCUACGCUGAGGAACACCCAGAAUACCUUUUGGCCUUUGAAAACUACUGUUGCCGGUAAUGGUUAUGAUGGACUCAAUGUCAUGCCUCGAUGGGCAACAGUCAUUUACUACAAUUGCGAUCUGCCAGCAUGCACCCUCCAAGAAUGGAUUGACACUUCUGGAGGCAAGGGAACAUUCAAUGAUCUCAUGAAUGAUGCAAAGAAUACAGCCAUCAGGAAUCUGAUGGGUCUUCACUGGGACGCAUAUAUGUUUCAUCAAGCUAACAUGCGAGUUAAUGAUAUUCCGAACACAAUUAUCAAUGGGAAGAAAGGCCAAUAUUCUUUGCUCAUGACCUGGGUAGAGAUAAUUGCACAAGAGAUGAUGAGGCUCACAACAUGGCCCUUCAAGACCCUCAAGCACGAUGAUCUCACCCAGGCCUUCCUCAAUCGACAGACAAGAGAUCUUUGCCGACCCAGUAUGACUUGGCAAACAUCUGCCAAUGGAGCAAAUAUCGAAAGCGUCAACGUGUACACUGCGGGUGGCAACAAAUGUGGCACUACCAUUCCCAUCACCGUACCUGGUGCUGUCUCUUCAACUACUGGUGCCACCAAGGAACAACUGGGUAGCGAUCCACUCACACUCUGGGUCACUAUGAGCGGCGCAUCCCGCAACUACAAGUUCUCAAAGGCUAUUGCGCUCUAAGUUUAUUCCAUGGAACUAGUUUCUCGUUAUUUUUGGAGUGUUAAUUCCGUCCAGAGGGCUGCGGCCGAAGAGAUAAUCUGCGACCAAAAUUGUCUUAUGAACAAAAAUUGCAUUGACUCUCAAUUUUUAAAUCCCUGUCGCCUGCAAAUCGUCCCAAGAUCAUGGAUAUUUCCUCAUAGCAUAGACAAGACCAUAGCACUCGCUCUGGGCCCAUCGAAGUUCUUGAUCAUUCAAGGGAAGGUGGCAUGAUCUCUCCGGAAGAGCCCUCGAUUUUCUUCAUGGUCUUGGACUUCUUCAAGGGUACGAAUGUACAUAUGUAUUCAUCGCUC